AUGCCGCCGCCAACCGGCAUCCGGCUGCGCGAUAGCUGCCAAUCGUGCGCGGCAUCCAAGACCAAGUGCUCCAAGGACAAGCCGCAGUGCGCUCGAUGCGCCAAGAGGGGUACAAAGUGUGAAUACCUCGUCACACAGCGGACAGGCAGGAAGGCCCUGGCACGGCGAGACAGCGAUGCCAAAGAGCAGAGCAGUGAUGCUGGUGUUCGACGCAAGAGUUUGAGCCGCUCAACGACGACGGCAACAUCCACAACGACAACAACAACG